AUGGGUGCUAACGCCAGCACUCAAGCUUCGGCAACUCCUGCAUCUCCGUCUCCGGACGAGUCUAAAUGCCCAGUUGACCACAAGACACGCGAAAUAUGGCUACAACAAGGAGGCUCUGCCGGCGGACCUCCCCAUCCUCAUCCUAUCUCUGCAGGCAAUGCGACGAAUGAAGACAAAGCCAACCCCAAGCUCCAGCGACAAUUAUCCAACGAUCGCGAAGUGAGCACGAUUCCACGAGCCUAUGAUGGCCCGACUACMCCAGACACAAGAUCAUCCAUACCCUCACCCUACGCAGCAUCCCCAGCCGCCUCACACGCCACACCUUCCAAUGCCGAGUCCGAAACAGGCCACGACGAAGCAACGGGCAACUGGAUAUACCCCUCCGAACGCCAAUUCUUUGAAGCGCUGAUACGCAAGAGCAACGUACCAGGCUCUACCCAAUCUGCAAAAGAAUUGGCAACCUCAGUCGCCUCUAUAAUACCUAUCCACAACGCCGUGAACGAAAAGGCCUGGCAGGAGAUACUGAAAUGGGAAAAGAAUUCGCCCUCUUCCGACCCGGGCAGUAGUAAAUGCGGUGGACCCAGAUUAUAUGCUUUUCGGGGCUUGGGUACUGAGUCGCAAUUCGUUUCGCCGCGAGCCCGUCUUAAUGGGUUGAUGGGGUAUCAAUUGCCCUUUGACCGUCAUGACUGGGUCGUUGAGCGUUGCGGUGGAGAGAGGGUAGAAUAUGUGAUUGAUUUCUAUCAGGGGAAAACAGCAGCAGUAAAUCCACCGCAAGGAGAAGGGUCUGGAGGCAUUAUGGGUGCUACAGGGCCUGGAAAGUUGAGCUUUUAUCUCGACGUACCACCUACGACACGGCUGAAUGUCUACGUGUUCGGAGAAGGUAGUGCCGGCGAACUCGGUCUUGGUCCCAAAAAUGCUACAGAUGUGGUCAGACCGCGUUUGAAUACGCUGCUAGAUGCAGAUAAAGUCGGUGUUGUCGACAUCGCAGCUGGCGGUAUGCAUGCCGUCGCUUUGACGCAAGAUGGUCACGUUAUGACCUGGGGUGUUAAUGAUAAUCAUGCCCUGGGACGUGAGACGGCUUGGGAUGGUGGUGUCAGAGAAAUUGCUGAUGGUGAUGAUGACGCAUCGGAAGAUGAGAGUGAAGAUGGAGAGUUGAAUCCGUAUGAGUCUACGCCGACUGCAAUACCAGCAGAAAGUUUUGAGAAGAGUGCUAGAAUCGUUCAGGUGACGGCGGGCGAUAGUGCGUCGUUUGCUUUGACGGACAAAGGCUUUGUUUAUGGAUGGGGGACAUUUGUUAGCAACGAGGCAAACCAUGGCUUUUACUGGAACCAGAGCCAGAACCAAGUUAUCGAAAAACAAAAGAAACCAAUGCUGAUCCCCGGUCUUGAGAACAUUGUCCAGAUUAGCGCUGGCUACAAUUUCUGCCUCGCGCUCAAUUCUGCCGGUAGAGUGUACUCCUGGGGAAUGUCAGAGCAAAACCAGUUGGGCCGUCGAUUACUCCUUGGCCGGCAGCUCAGUAAGGCUGUUAAGCAAGACAAUCUCGAUAAGCUGUAUCUCUGUGUUGGACUCGUGCCUGGCAUUGUGCCUUUUUCGGCUAGGACGAAGAUCGUAUCUGUUCACGCUGGGAGUGAUCAUGCAUUUGCCAUUGAUCACAACGGUAAUACUUGGGCAUGGGGUCUGAAUAACUUUGGACAGACGGGUAUCAAAGUUGGCGCUGGUGCAAAUGGGACUACAGUUAUUGCCCCUCAAAAGGUCUCUUCUCUGAAAGGCAGGAACAUGAAGAUGAUUCAAGGCGGGACUCACCACUCAAUUGGCAUCGGUCACUCAGGUGAAUGUCUGGUCUGGGGCCGUAUGGAUGGCGCUCAAAUGGGUCUUGACUUGAGUACUCUGCCGCUUGAUGAUCCGCAAAUCGUCGUUUCAGAACGCGGCAAGCCACGCAUUCUACUUGAAGCAACGGCGCUGCCCAUCUCUGGAUGUUCCUUUGUGGCCGCUGGAUCGGAUCACAAUGUACUCAUCACAUCUGAAGGCAAAGCGUAUUCAUGGGGGUUCAAUGCCGGUUAUCAGUGCGGACAGGGCAGUGUUGAUGAUGAUGUUGUAGUUGCGACGUUGAUUGAUGGAUCUGCUGUUCGUGGCAAGAGGCUUUCUUGGGCUGGAGCUGGAGGGCAGUACUCAAUGUUAGCUGGGCCGUGUGGUUAG